AAAAGAAACUCAAAGAUCACCGAACCAAAUAAAGAUGAAAAGCAGUUUCUUCUUCAUCGUUGUUCUCUCUCUCUCCUCCAUCUUCAUUUCCUCUCUGAUCGCUACUUUCUCCAAAGACGACAUGGCCAUGCUCGGAGGCGUUCGCGAUGUACCUGCUAACGAGAACAGUGUCGAGGUCGAGAGCCUCGCUCGUUUCGCUGUCGAUGAGCAUAACAAGAAAGAGAAUGCACUGCUCGAGUUUGCGAGAGUGGUGAAGGCGAAAGAGCAAGUUGUGGCGGGAACGAUGCACCACCUGACUCUGGAGAUCAUCGAGGCUGGGAAGAAGAAGCUUUACGAGGCUAAAGUGUGGGUGAAGCCUUGGUUGAACUUCAAGGAGUUGCAGGAGUUCAAGCCUGCUAGUGAUGAUGGUGCCCCUUCUACUACCAUCACUCCCUCAGAUCUUGGCUGCAAGAAAGAUGAGAAUGCAUCUGGAUGGAGGGAAGUUCCAGGAGAUGAUCCAGAAGUGCAGCACGUUGCUGAUCAUGCUGUCAAGACUAUACAGCAGAGGUCUAACUCUUUGUUUCCUUAUGAACUCCAAGAGGUUGUUCAUGCCAACGCUGAGGUCACUGGGGAGGCUGCAAAGUACAACAUGGUUCUGAAGUUGAAGAGAGGGGAGAAGGAGGAAAAGUUCAAGGUGGAGGUUCACAAGAACCAUGAAGGUGUUCUUCAUCUCAACCACAUGGAGCAGCACCAUGACUAGUCAUCUCCUCUGUUUAUGUAAUAUUGACUGUUUGCUUACUCUGUAAGAUAUUUUAACUUCUGAUGCUACUAUUAAACCCUUAAAUAACAUACCAGAAGAAAUAAAUUAAGUUACAGUCUU